GUCGAACAGGCAAGGUUUGAAAGCUAGGCUUGUACCUGGGACCUGCUAGUCCCAGCUAGUAUUCAGGUAGACACACGCGCCGGUCAAACUCUAAAGUUGCUCAUCCACACGGACAGUUUCACAGUUUUGUGUUCAACCAAAAAUUUGCGUGGGUCCGCCCUGCAGUUGGAUUGGGAGCAGAGUCGGAGAAACAUGUUUAUAGGAAGGGUUAGUAAUCCUAGAUCAUAGCCUAUACUGGAGUAGGACGUAUAGUGCUCUCCCGGUCUAUAUUCUAACCCGGAGAAAGGGUGAUAAUCAACAUGUCGUUCUUUAAACGGAAAAAGGACACUGAACCCCAGUUCUAUGCUACAGUGGCAGACGGAUUAAAGAAAAUAUAUCGUGGUAAGCUUCUCCCGUUAGAGGAAGCCUACGAUUUCCACGAUUUUGUAUCUCCUGCUCUCAAUGACCCGGAUUUUGAUGGGAAACCCAUGGUUCUACUUGUCGGACAGUAUUCAACCGGAAAGACGACAUUUAUCCGGUAUCUAUUGGAGCGGGAUUACCCUGGGAUAAGGAUUGGACCUGAACCCACCACAGACUCCUUCACGGCAGUUAUGUACGGAGAAAAUGAGCAAGUUAUCCCCGGGAACGCCCUUGCGGUGGAUAAAAGUAAACAGUUCCGCCCUCUCACCAAGUUCGGUGGGUCGUUCCUCAAUCGGUUCCAGUGUUCUAUUCUCAAGAGCCCGGUGUUAAAGUGUGUCACCAUGAUCGACACUCCCGGUAUCCUCUCCGGCGAAAAGCAGAGAACCGACCGCGGAUAUGAUUUCGUCGGAGUGCUCCAAUGGUUUGCAGAGAGGGUUGAUAGAAUCAUUCUGCUCUUUGAUGCAAACAAGCUCGAUAUCUCUGACGAGUUCAGGAGGUCAAUCGAGGCCAUCCAUGGAUACGAAGACAAGGUGAGGAUCGUCCUAAACAAGGCGGACCAGGUGGACCACCAGGAGCUGAUGCGUGUCUACGGGGCCCUCAUGUGGUCUAUCUCCAAGGUGAUCCAUGUCCCAGAGUGUCCCAAGGUUUUUGUCGGUUCAUUCUGGGACCAACAGCUAAAGCAUGACCUCUACCGGAGGCUGUUUGAAAAGGAACUUCAGAGUUUAUUCGACGACCUCCAGGAUCUUCCCAGAUAUGCGGCCAUGAGGAAAUUAAACGACUUUAUCAAGCGCGCCAGGAUGGCGAAGGUUCACGCUUACAUCAUCAGCUCCCUGAAGGAGGACAUGCCAAAGAUGUUCGGUAAGGGAAGGAAGAAGAAGGAGUUGAUCAAGUCCUUGCCAACCUUGAUGAAGAAGAUCCAGGAGGAACACAUGCUCGCCAGCUCGGAUCUACCGGAAACUACAGGAAUGCAAGACAAACUUGCUCAGGCGGAUUUUGCCAAGUUUCCAACUUUAAAAGAGAAAUUAAUUGCACAGGUUAAUCACAUGCUGGACAAAGACAUCUCAGAGCUGAUGGGGAUUGUUCCCAACGAUUUUGCCGAGCCUGUGAUCCGAGGAGGAGCCUUUGAUGACGUCAAGGAUGUAAAUUCUCCUUUUGGAUUCCAAAAAUGUGAAGGAAUUGAUCUUGGUUACGGAGAACCAGAAUGGAUUGUAACAAAGGAAAGAUCAAAAUGGGAUUCUAUCUUCAGCCAGCUUGGACCAAUUAAGGGGAAAAUAACCGGUUCUGUUGCUAAGAAAGAAAUGGUGAAAUCUCGUCUUCCUAACCCAGUUUUAGCCAAGGUGUGGAGAUUAGCAGAUGUGGACGGGGACGGAUUGUUGGACGCCGACGAAUUUGCUCUUUCCAUGCAUCUCAUUAAUAUUAAAUGGAAGAGAAAUAAAUCUAAUGGAGAACGGAUAACCUUGAACUUCCGUAGUUCCCAAGGUCCGAUACAGGUGGAGAACAGGCGCUCCGAUACCAUCAGAGACGACUCCGCUAAACUUCCAAAUCUCCCUAAAUCUGAACCCUCUCAGCGAAAACAAAAAUCCAAAAUCACCCAGGAAAACAAUUCCCAUAAAUCAUCGAAAUCCGGGAAGAAAAAAGAAAAACCCGGAAGUAAUUCCAAUGGGAAUAGUUCUAAGUAUUCCCAUCUUCCAGUUUAUGACAAGGAGGAAGAACGAAUAAAAGCAAAGGAGCGGGAACAGAAAAUCUCUGAAAUAUUCUCCGCUGAACUCGGCUCACAAACCGGAACAUUUAAACCUUUAAUCACGAGUUUUCAACUCAAAAUACAUUCUUUAUCAUUUCUAUAA